AUGUUGAUGGCAUCACGCAUCGCAGAGCGGCGCACCAGCCUCGAACCCACACAGCAGGAUAACGAUGUUUCAGGACACAAUCGACCAUCGAGGAUCCUCCUCCACAGUGACCCGGACCCCAUCGACGUCCGACCUCCCACUCCCAAAGCAACAGGCAACCUCCUCCGCUCCAGCCCCGACAUGGAACUCAGGAACCUGCGGACCAGUCGCGAGGACGAAAAGGUCGAGUCCGCAGUGACUACAGUGGCCGCGGACGGAGUCCUGAGGGACGCACAGACGCAAUCGCAGCCACCGCCACGAUACCAUCCCGACACCGCUCUAUCGGCGCAUCCGCUGUUCCCACCGCUUCCCUCGUACAGUCCGCCUUCGCUUGCGCUCACGGUGCGCUGUGUGGCGCUGCGGUGCGUCUCGUUCGUUCUGUCGCUGUUGUUUCUGGGGGUUGUUGUCAUCGGUGCGCUUGUGGGUUUCGCUGGCAGGCAGCUGGAGAAUCUGCGGAUGAGGAUUCGCGGCGAGGAUCCUCACGCGCGGCGGAAAUUCUAUGCCGAGGAGCGCGAGCGACAGUGGAGUCGAGAGGAGGAGCUUAGAAGGUGGAAGCGGCGGCAGGCGAAGCGGGAUGUGGACGAGGAGGCGCCGGAUGAGUGUCCGCCGUUGGAGGGCGGGCCGGACUUGCUCGUUUGUGAUGUUAGGUAUUACGCGCGGCGGGUAGGGCUCGAUGUCGAGACGUUCAAAGUCCAGACGGAGGAUGGCUUUAUUAUUACGUUGUGGCAUGUUUUUAACCCGCAGGAGUACACGCCGUUGUCGGAAGAGGAGAGAGGGCCCCGCGGCCCGGACGUGUUUACUGGGCGGAGAAGGCCGAAUGCCUCGGGUCGAAACCAGAGGUAUCCUGUUCUGCUGGUUCAUGGGCUGUUGCAGAGUGCUGGUGCGUUCUGUGUGAACGACGACGACAGCCUGGCUUUCUAUCUCUGCAAAGCCGGGUACGACGUCUGGUUAGGCAACAAUCGCUGCGGGAUGACGCCGGAGCAUACAACGCUGUCGACUGGUGAUCCGCGGAUGUGGACGUGGAACAUCCGGCAGAUGGGCGUGCUGGACUUGACCGCGCUUGUUUCGCGGGUCCUGUUUGAGACCGGGUUUGAGAAGCUGGGGCUUGUGUGCCACUCGCAAGGUACCGCGCAGACAUUUGUGGCGCUGUCCAAGCACCACCGCCCGGAACUUGGCGAGAAGAUAUCUGUAUUCUGUGCCCUCGCACCGGCCGUGUAUGCCGGGCCGUUGAUCGAGAGGGUGUACUUUCGGUUCAUGCGAGUUAUACCGCCUGACAUAUUCCGGACGAUUUUCGGCAUCCACGCAUUCAUCCCCAUCAUGAUAACCGUCCACCGCUUUCUCCAUCCCCGCAUCUACGGGGCGUUGGGGUAUCAUGUCUUCGCGCACCUGUUCGGCUGGAGCGACGUCCGCUGGGAUCGCGGACUCCGCGAUCGCAUGUUCCAAUUCGCGCCAGUGUAUAUCAGCAGCGAGACGAUCCGGUGGUGGCUGGGUCAGGGCUGCUUCGCGACGCAGCGGUGCAUCCUGGCCACGAUGGAAGAGACCCUCGCCGAGAUGGAGGAGGAUGUCCGUCUGCAGCGCGACGGAGACCAACCGGGCUCGCGCACUGACACCGCCUGGUACGGGCCGCAGACGCCCCCGUUUGCGCUGUGGGUUGCGGGGUCAGAUGCGCUGGUCGACGGCCGGCCUCUCCUCCAGCGGUUGCACAGCGGACGCGAGCCGCAUGUGCAGGUGGUGCAUUCCAAAGUGAUUGAAGAGUAUGAGCAUCUAGAUGUGCUGUGGGCCAUGGAUGCGGUGGAGCAAGUGGGUCAAGAGGUCCGCGAUGUUAUAUACAGGACCAUGCCGGAGGCGGCGCGGAAGUGCUGCCGGGUUCCAAAGGGUGUUUCAUGA